AUGGCUGCUCUAGGGAAUAUGGCCGUGACGAUGCAAGCGACAGCCGAAGCCCUGGGAAACCAAAUAAAUAAUGGUAACAAUGGCAACAACGGCAAUGAUGGUCCUAUGACGCAUUCCUCCUUCCUAAAGGUUCAUCCUCCGACCUUCAGAGGAACCUCGAACCCUACUGAUGCGGAUAACUGGAUACAAGCCAUUGAGCGAGCAUUACAGGCUCAGCAGGUUUCUGAAGAACAGUGGGUUGAGUUUGGGACCUACCAGCUGCAAGCCAGAAAUGCUAAGGAACUUGAACUGCUUCAGCUGAAACAAGGCCUGAUGACCAUCACUGAGUACACUAGCAUGUUUGAGGAACUGUGCCGUUUCUCACGGAUUUGUCAGGGAGCUCCUGAGGAUUUUGCUGAGUGGAAGUAUAUCAAGUAUGAGGGAGGCCUUAGAAGCGAUAUUCUGAGCUUCGUUGCACCGAUGGAGAUCCGAACCUUCUCUGAAUUGGUAAACAAAACCAGAGUUGCUGAAGAAUGUCUGAGAAAGGCGGCAUUAGACAAGAGUGAUCACCAAAGCUCUGUUAGGGAAGAUCACGGAAGAAAUUUAGCCCCUAGAGGUCAAGAUUUCAAGGGAGGCGGCAAUACUCCACAACAACAUCAAGUCCAGAGUAGCUUCCGGAGGUUCAAUAAUAACAAUAACCAGGGAAAAGGACGUGGAAAACAUGCUUAG